AUGCUCUUGACUUUGCCCUGUCCGCGGACCAGUCGUUUGUCUCGCUUUAGUUCGGAUAGCACAGAUUGGCAACUGGGAUCCGGGAACAAGCCCAAUCUAGAACAUGCAUUUGCGGCAAAGUGUAGCGUUGCAUCCGCCAAUCCAGCGCCAUCCAAUCGGCGAUGGUGUUUUCUCACUCGGCGCUUGUCAAACUACUAUGAGCAUCGUCAACCAUCCCUGGCAUGCGAAAUGGCCCCAUCUCCCUCCCUCACGUUGGCUUUGAGUCGCCGUCCAAAUUCUGUUCCGACUGAUCCAUUCCCAGACUCCGUUCCCUACCUGGAGCGUUAUCGUGUCUACAGACAGCCAAUCCUUCUGAGUGAUUGUGUCCUAGAGAACAUAGCCGACGGGGAAGUCCGAUUUCCCUCCUUGAGACGUACACUCUCCUCUAUGCUUGCGGAUCCUGGCUUCCGCGAACUAGUCUCGCUACCGCUAUCGGCAACCGUGUUGCAAGGUUUAGCCCGUGCAGGUUACACCUGUGUGAACGAGGUGAUUGAUCUCGAUCCAGACAGAUUAGUUUCGAGUAAGUUUACUAAGGGAACAAUUUUUCGCGCUUAUUUUGUUGCUCUUCUGUAUACCAAUCAGUUUUAUCUCCCUCCUUCUAUCUGGGUCACUAAAUUUUGCUAG